GGGGACGGGGUUAACUACCCACGCAAGGGUCAGACCGUUACCGUCCAUUACAGCGGCUACCUUCCGAGUGGUGAAAUGUUCGAUUCGUCGAGGGAUCGCGGGAAACCCUUCAAGUUCAAAUUGGGUGGUGAGCAGGUGAUUCCAGGCCUUGAUGCAGGUGUCUCUCAACUGAGCAUUGGUGAACGCGCAAAAAUUGUCAUACCGCCAGACAUGGCCUACGGCGCGCCCCUCGUUUUCCUACCCUACUUCGGACUCUGA